GCGGCCAUGGCGGCGGCGCGGCGGGCGGCGGCGUCCUGGUUUCGCCUCGCUGUUCGGCACCGCAGCUCCCAGAGCCAGGCCCCGCAGCACGGGGCCCAGCCCGGAGGCGCCUGGAUCGGGUCGCAGGCCGUGCCGCCGCGCGGUUGAACCGGAGGGGGACAGCGCGGGAAGGGGCAGUGCUGGCGUGCAGCACCCAGGAGGGACAAGACGCGUUCCUGUUCUCCCGACUUGUUGCCAAAACAUCUCUAUCCUCACCACCAUGGCCUGAAGUGAAACUGCCAGAUCCAGUAGAAGAAGCAGCCUAUCAUGCAGAGGUGGUACAAAAGGUGAACGAGAUGAUCGCAGCUGGGCAGUAUGGGCGGCUCUUUGCUGUGGUUCACUUUGCCAGCAAGCAGUGGAAAAUAACCAGCGAAGAUUUGAUUAUGAUGGACAACGUGCUGGAGGCUGAAUGUGGGGACCGAAUCCGGAUGGAAAAGGUUUUGUUGGUUGGUGCUGAUGACUUCACGCUGAUUGGAAGGCCACUCCUGGGGAAAGAGCUUGUUCGCGUGGAGGCUACCGUGAUUGAAAAGACGGAGUCAUGGCCAAAAAUCAACAUGCGCUUUUGGAAGAGACACAAUUAUCAAAGGAAGAGAAUAAUCACGAACCCACAGACCGUCCUCCGGAUAAACACCAUAGACAUUUUCCCCUGUUUGUCGUGAUGGAUUGAUUGGGUGUUGUGUGGCUUAGGGUUUAUUGUUGCUUGAGGCAAUUAUGGAAAUAAAACUGCGUUGUCAUUGGAAAGUUCUGGGCUUCCUGUUAUUGUCUGAAAUGGAAAUCUAUAGGUACUUUCCUUUUUUUCAAAAAGCAAAAAUAAAUAUUUUUGUUAAAACUA